AGAUACCAUGCCAUAACUUAUGGUUGGAUAGUUGAUCAGAUUGUUCGGCGUGCCGAUCCAAAGCACAGAUCAGUAGGACAAUUUUUCAAGGAAGAAAUAGCCGAUAGAUACGGUAUUGAUUUCCAUAUUGGACUGCCGAGUUCUGAAGAGCAUACGGUAUCACGACUCUCUAUGCCGUCUACAGCGCACCUCCUCAAGGAAAUUAUCCAUGAUCCAAGAGUUCUAAUUGUACUCGGCAUACUUCAUCUACGACCUCCAACUUCGAUCGCAAGGAAAGUUCGUGAAAAUCCUCAGUGGUUUAAAUUGGAACAGACCGUAAUCAGAGUAUUCAAGGAUGUGAACACCUUCAACGAUCCGGAGCUACAUGGUAUGGAACAAGUCGCAGCUCUAGGAAUCACGAAAGCCCGAGAUAUGGCCCGCUUGUUCUCCCUUAUGCUCAGCGGGAAGUUCUUCAGUAAGGAACUCGUCCAACGGUUCAAAAAUCCCCAGAUCUCUUCUGGCCUUGACGAAAUAGUAAUGACCCCAUUGCCAAAAGGUCAUGGUUUCCUAUACGAGAGGCAUCCAAGCUCGGGAAAGCGAUGGCUCGUUGGCCACCCAGGGUAUGGUGGAAGUACAGUGAUGAUGGAUGUUGAUGAUGAGAUUGUCAUCGCUUACGUAACGAAUGGUCUGAAAACUGGAAUGGGAGAGUUGACACGAACAUAUCGCCAUUUACGUGACGCUGUAUUCGAGUGUUUCGAGAAAUCAAAGGAGUAA